GUUAAGGUUGAUGGUGAGGUGACUGAUCCCUCGGGUGAAAUGAUUAGAGAGCUAGAGAGUCAGCGAGAGCGUAACAUCAAACGGGAGAUUGUCCUGGCCAAACAGGCGGGUGAACCGUUUGGUGUGGAGGUCAUUGUGUUUCAGGUGUGUACUAAUAGAUGA